GCGAGCUCUCUUCCUGAUAGCGCUGCCCUGCGCGAGCCCUGCUUCUCUCCGUCUGCCAGCCAGCGCGAGCCCCUGUCCUUCUCCUUCUCCUUCACCGCCGCACAGUCAGAGCCGCCAUCAUGUCCAUCCUGAAGAUCCACGCCCGUGAGAUUUUUGACUCCCGUGGAAACCCCACUGUGGAAGUGGACCUCUACACUAAGAAAGGUCUCUUCCGAGCCGCCGUGCCCAGCGGAGCCUCUACUGGGAUCUAUGAAGCUCUGGAGCUGCGCGACAACGACAAGACUCGCUACUUGGGAAAGGGGGUGGGCAGAGCCGUUAAAUAUGUUAAUGAUUUCUUGGGACCAGCUUUGUGUAAUCAGAAUGUGUCCGUCACCGAGCAAGAGAAGAUCGACAAGCUGAUGUUGGAGAUGGACGGCACUGAAAACAAAUCCAAGUUCGGCGCCAACGCCAUCCUCGGCGUGUCUCUGGCGGUGUGCAAGGCCGGCGCCGCCGAGAAGGAGGUGCCCCUGUACCGCCACAUCGCCGACCUGGCCGGGAACCCCGAGGUCAUCCUCCCAGUCCCCGCCUUUAACGUCAUCAACGGUGGCUCCCACGCAGGCAACAAGCUGGCGAUGCAGGAGUUCAUGAUCCUGCCCGUGGGGGCGAAGAGCUUCAAGGAGGCCAUGCGCAUCGGGGCCGAGGUCUACCACAACCUGAAGAACGUCAUCAAGGAGAAGUACGGCAAGGACGCCACCAACGUGGGCGACGAGGGCGGCUUCGCCCCCAACAUCCUGGAGAACAAGGAAGCCCUGGAGCUCCUGAAGAAUGCCAUCGGCAAGGCCGGCUACACGGACAAGAUCGUCAUCGGGAUGGACGUCGCCGCCUCCGAGUUCUACAGAGACGGGAAGUACGACCUGGACUUCAAGUCCCCAGACAACCCCAGCAGGUACAUCACCCCGGACCAGCUGGCUGACCUGUACAAGGGCUUCAUCAAGGACUACCCAGUGGUCUCCAUCGAGGACCCCUUCGACCAGGACGACUGGGCGGCCUGGUCCAAGUUCACCGGCAGCACCACCAUCCAGGUGGUGGGCGACGACCUGACGGUGACGAACCCCAAGCGCAUCAAGAAGGCCGUGGAGGACAAGGCCUGCAACUGCCUGCUGCUGAAGGUCAACCAGAUCGGCUCCGUCACCGAGUCGCUGCAGGCCUGCAAGAUGGCUCAGUCCAGCGGCUGGGGAGUGAUGGUCAGUCACCGCUCGGGGGAGACGGAGGACACCUUCAUCGCUGACCUGGUGGUUGGACUCUGCACUGGCCAGAUCAAAACUGGGGCUCCUUGCCGGUCAGAGCGUCUGGCCAAGUAUAACCAGAUUCUCAGGAUUGAGGAGGAGCUCGGAGACAAGGCUCGCUUUGCAGGCAAGAACUUCAGAAACCCCCUCACCAACUAAGGUGUGCUGCCGCUUCCUUGGGGCCUGCCCGGUCUUUCCUGGCACCACACGCCCGCACACAAAGCCCCGCCCCCCCCACCCAGCCCACCUCACUCGCUCACGCCCCCCCCAGCAUAGUUCACUUUCUUCCCGGAGAGAGGGGCACGCUGAAGAGGGCCAAGCAUCGACGUCUGCGGUCCCCAUUCGUGCUCCAGCUUCCUGAUGCCGGGGUCAGCCCUGUAAUGUGUGUAACUCCGUAACUGCGCGACAGGUCCUUGUUUCUUCGUCAGCUGUUGUGAUUUGUCUCUUGAUGACCUAUUUUAGUAAAAGAGAUGUAUGUGCAAUGUGCCCGCCUAUCGGAGAAGUUGUAGUGUUGCUGUAUGUGUGGCGAAUAAAAUCUACCCUCCCUUGAACGGUUAUGUCCAAAACAAAAA